UGUGUGUGUGUGUGUGCCCAUACGAUAGGAAGCUUCAUCCAAAACAAAGCAAAACCGCAUCAAUCGUAGAUAAGAUUUAUGAGCACGAUCAUCACCGCCGUUUGUUAGUAGGUUAUUUCCUAUCGUAAGUUAUCAGUAAGGAGCGUCAGUCUAGCCUAAACCAGCCCACCAUCUAAUCGCCAGAAAUCAGAUCGCGGUGUGGUUUUGCGCGACGAUCAGUUGUCCACAAAGAUAAGCUCUCUCUCUCUGGUGGUUGUUAUCUGACCGAAAAAAGGCGACCAAAAAAGUAAAUCUUAGAGCCAGAUGAUCGGGUUACUACUGCACGGGUGGAAAUGAGUAGUAGCAGCAUAGUGGGGAGGGGAUAGGCACAACCAGGCAACAGAACUUUACGCGUGCGUUUGGCCUUGUGCUUAUAAAGAGCAAAUAUCAUGCGAAAAUGGUUAUCGCGCUCAGUUGCCCGCACUCGUUUGCCGCCGAAGGAUCUUCUGUUUACGUUCGCAGCGCGCUAGAAGGUCGCCACCAGAGCUGUGUCGGUUGCGUGUAGCCAGCCUGUUGCACUUGCUACAAAGCAACACGCGCAUCAUCACCCUCGAGCGUAGAGCAGACAAACCUCGCCAGCUCUGCCCGAAUUGAUCCAUCCUGCAGAGAAGAAGUUCAAUUAAUGUGAACUUUGCGUAGUACUGGGCCGAUACAAGCCAUACGGUGUGGACUUUGCUCGUUAGACGCGUGUAGUGUAGUGUGUAGUGUGUCCGGUUUUGUCCCUGAAAACGCCACCAUGUCCUCCAGCACCGUAGCCCUGGCGGACGCGGAUAAGAAGCUGACCCAGUUUCGGAACUGUCGCGUACUACGCAAUCACCGACUGGUGGAGGACGACGUUUGGGUGCGGGGUGGCAAGAUCAUCGACCCGGAGAAAGUGUUUUUCGACGAGAAGCGGCAGGCCGAUGUACAGAUUGACUGCGGCGGGAGCAUCGUAGCGCCCGGGUUUAUAGAUCUACAAAUCAAUGGUGGAUACGGUGUCGACUUUUCGUUCGACGUGGAAACGGUCCAGGAGGGAGUGCUGAAGGUUGCCAAAGGUUUGCUGGCCCACGGUGUUACCUCGUUCUGCCCGACGCUUGUUACCUCGCCGCCCGAAACGUAUCACGCCGUGCUGCCCCGCAUUCCUCGGUCGGCGGGCGGGCGGCAUGGAGCGACCGUCCUCGGGUGCCACGUGGAGGGACCGUUUAUAAACACCGACAAAAAGGGCGCCCAUCCGCCGGAAUGCAUCAAAGAGUUUGAGCAGGGUAUGGCGACGGUGCGUGAGGUUUACGGGUCGAUGGACAACGUGCAGAUCAUAACGCUCGCACCGGAAAAGGCAGGCGCUGCGGAAGUGAUACAGGAGCUGAGCAACAACGGUAUCACGGUAUCGGUCGGCCACUCGAUGGCGAACUUGAGCGAUGGCGAGAACGCGGUACAGCACGGCGCAAGACUCAUCACGCACCUGUUUAAUGCGAUGCUUCCGUUUCAUCAUCGCGAUCCCGGUCUGGUGGGGUUGCUUACGACGGACAACAUUCCACGCGAUGCGCUCGUAUACUUUGGCAUCAUUUCCGACGGCGUCCAUACGCAUCCGGCCGCGCUGCGCAUCGCGUACAAAACGCACCCGAGCGGGCUGAUCCUCGUGACAGAUGCCAUCUCGGCCAUGGGGCUGGCGGAGGGGCGCCAUCGUAUCGGGCAGAUGGAGAUAGAAAUCCGGUCAGGGAGAGCGUACGUGGCCGGGACGAACACACUUUGCGGUAGCAUUGCACCGAUGGAUGAGUGUAUUCGGUUCUUCAAAAAGGCUUCCAAUUGCUCGAUCGAGUAUGCGCUGGAGGCCGCUUCACUGCAUCCGGCCCGGUGUAUAGGCAUCGAGAAGCGUAAGGGGACGCUGGACUAUGGUGCGGAUGCCGAUUUCGUGAUGCUGAAUGAUGAGUUGAGCGUGCAAUCUACCUGGAUAGCGGGAGAGUGUGUCUAUCGAGCGAAUGGCGUUGAUUCAAAUGCGUUGUAAAGAGGUUGUGCCGUUUGUGCUGAAACCAUGAGGACAAUAUAUCGAUAUACAUUUAAAUAAAACCAUUUAGUCAAGCCAUGUG